AUGACCACGACUUUGUCUACGCGACAAGGGGUCUCGACACGGGCGUGCAACCGACUUAAGGAAAGUCUGAGAGACCAAGAGGAGCUCCUCACAAACGCGGCUGAAAUCCAUGAUGACGAACUCGAGCAGCAGUUUUUCAGCGAACAUAGCAGACAAAUGCGGCAGGCACGACGAACGAUCGAAGCAGAAAUGGACACAGUGGAAAAGGCUUUGGAAAAAUACUCUGCAGCCGCCGACUUUCUGGACCCGGAUCUACCUUCAUCCGCUGAGGUUCUCGACAAAAUCACCACCAACAGAGGAACUCAUGCCUAG